GUUUAAUUAAAAUAAUAUUUUUUGACAUCAGAAGAUAUUUUCAAGUAUGUUAACAAAAGACCUUGGUGAAGUGCUUUUAUCUUUAGGAAAUGAAGCUCAGGAACUUUAUUUGCCUCGAAAAAUAAAAUUGUUAGAGCAUCCACCUUCUGCAUUAGUUUUUUUACGUGAAUAUGUCAUGCCAAAUAUACCAGUUGUUAUUAAAAAUGGAGUUAAGCACUGGCCUGCUAUAAAAAAAUGGACAGACGAUUAUCUAGUUGAUAUUCUAGGUAACAAAAGUAUAACUGUAGCUCUUACACCAAAUGGAUAUGCGGAUGCUCCACAAGGUGAUUAUUUUGUAAUGCCUUAUGAAAUAGAAACAACUUUUAAAAAUUUUCUUCAUGAUCUUCAAAGAGAAGACAAGACAGAUGUUUUAUACCUUCAAAAUCAAAAUUCAAGUUUUACUAAACAGUUUAGUGAACUGAUACCUGAUGCUGCUCUAGAUAUUUCUUGGGCAAGUGAAGCGUUUGGAAAAGCUCCUGAUGCAAUAAAUUUUUGGAUGGGAAGUAGUAAUUCAGUCACUAGUAUGCAUAAAGAUCAUUAUGAAAAUAUGUAUGCAGUGGUAAGGGGAGCGAAAAAAUUUAUUUUACAUCCGCCUACUGAUUUACCUUACUUAAUUCAUAAACAAUACAUACCUGCAAGAUACAAAAAAGAAAAUGGUGUUUACAAAAUUUUUGAAGAAAGAAAUAUUGAAUGUUGUCAAAUAUGUUUAAAGGAAUAUGUAUCUACUGAAAUUAAACAUAGUAACAUGGCUACUAAAGUUACACAUCCAGUUAUAUCUGCUGAAAUUACACAAGAUAACAUUCCAAAUAAAGUUUCAAAUUUAAAUUGCAUUGAUAAAUUCAAUAUUGAUAUAAAAAAUGCGAGUGAUAGCAUCUCUAUAAACAAUCAAAAUAUAAGCUGCUCACAUGAUUGCCAUAUACUACCUAGAAUACCUUGGAUUGCAACAAAUCCUUUGAAUCUUGAUGAUAGAACAAAUUUUUUGUAUAAGCAGUCUCAUCCUCUGGAAGUAACAGUACAAUCGGGGGAUCUUCUUUACCUUCCUUCUUUAUGGUUUCAUCAUGUACAGCAAGAAGAUAACACAAUUGCAAUAAACUUUUGGUGCUUAAUUUGGUGGCUAUUUUUACAUGCUUUAUCCUUACUUGUAAAGUAUUGACAGUGGGGAAGUAUGAAAUUGAAAAGCUGUUUCUACCAUAACAAAAACAAAAAGGACCACCAACAAUUAAUUGCUGUUUGGAGCAAACCGAGUUAAAUAACAUUUCUUUGCACAUAUUUUACU